AUGGGUUCUUGUGCAGGAUCAGGAUAAAAUAAAUAAAAACAAUUAAGAGAUGAGAGAAUAAGAACUGAACCAGAUAAAGAAAGAGGAAGUGAAGCUUUUACAGGUGGAAUCAAUAUUUCAAAUGCUUCAAGAAAAAGUGCAGAAUCUAAAGGUUUAGAUUUACCUAAUCAAAAAAAAAAGACUAUGAAAAAGUAAGAAAGUCUUAAAGUAACACUUUCAAUCACACACGACCCUAUUUCAAAAUAUUAUAUUCGAAAAAACCUUCGCUAUUUAGAUGGAGUAAAUUUUAAAGAUAAUAUGUUUGUUGUUCAACAUAUUGUUACUGGAAAAAUUCGAAUAGCUGAAAGAUUUGAAAUAAGUACUCCAACAAGUGCAUUUAUUAAUAAAAUAUUGUACUUAUAAUUAGUAAAUAUUUGAAAUAUUAUAGAAUCAUCCAAACUUGCUUGAUAUAUAUGGAAUUUUUUAAGAAGAUAAAUAUUAUACAAUAAUUUCUGAUUAUUGUAAUGGUGGAUCAUUAUUAACAUUGCUUUCAGAGAAAAAUUCCAAUUUAGAUGAAGAUUUUGCUGCUUAAUGUUGUAGAUAAAUUUAUGAAUUAAUGGGAUAUUUACAUAAAUUUGGGUUAUAUCAUGGUUAAUUAAGUUUGAGGAGUUUUGAAAAAUAUAAUUAAGGAAAAAGACAAUUUAAACUUAAACUUGCUGAUUUUAGUUGUUUAUUUUGUAAAUCAGAUAUAAAUGAAAAUAAUGUAUAGUUUUUAUCACCUGAAUGUUGUAAUGAAAAAUAAAACUAUACUGCUGCUAGAGAUUAAUGGGCAAUUGGAAUAAUAACAAUGGCUCUUACUUUUGGUAAAUUACCAUUUGAUGCAAAAUCUUUAUAAGAAUGUUUAGAUAAUAUUUAACAAUCUUGUAAAAAAGAGGGUUUUAUCUAAAAAGAAUUAGAGAAGUAAGUUGGAAAUCCAUUAAUUAAAGAUUUAAUACUUUAAUUUUUAUAAGUUGCUCCAUCAAAAAGAAUAGAUUUUUUUUAAGCCUUAGAAUCAAAAUGGAUGAAAGGUUAUGAAAAAGUUACUAAAACAUAGUUUAAAUAAUGUUUGGAUGAAUUAACUAAAAAAAAAGAAGCAAACUUUCUUCAAUCUUGUUUUCUUUUAAUGAUGAUUAAGUAAUUUGAUGAUUAAUAUUCCCAAAUUUAAGAAAUAUUUAUGGGUUUAGAUUUAGAUAAAAAUGGUAGACUCACUAAACCAGAAUUAGUUAAACAUUAUACACAAUAUUUUAAUACACAAUAUAAGCCUUAAGAAAUAUAAGAAUUUGUAAAUGAAAUAUUUGAUGCUUCAGAUCUUAAUCAUAGUGGUGAUAUAGAAUUUUCUGAAUUUUUGAUUGCCCUUUCAAAUCCAAAAACCAUUAUUACUAAUGAAAACUUGAAAUGUAUUUUUAAUCAAAUUAACAAUGGUCAACCUUUCGGAUUUAAUGAAUUGCAACCAUUAUUUAGAAAUAAAGAAGCAGAAAUUGAAAAAGGACUCCAAGAAAUUCCAAAUCAAUUAGUAAAAUGUUGUUCUAUAUUUUAGAUUAAUUUUGAGGAAUUUAUUAAAAUUAUGUUUGAAUUAAUAGAAGAUAAAUGA